UGAAGAAUGGACAAAUUUAAUACCUCUGAGAAUUCCUCUUGUGAUCCUAUACUGGCACACCAUUUAACCUCACUUUACUUCAUAGUGCUCAUUGGAGGGCUGGCAGGGCUCAUCUCCAUCCUGUUCUUGCUGGUGAAAAUGAACUCACGUUCAGUGACCACCAUGGCAGUCAUUAACCUGGUGGUGGUCCAUGGGUUAUUCCUGCUGACUGUGCCUUUCCGCUUGGCAUACCUCAUCAAGGGGACUUGGACAUUUGGAUUACCCUUCUGCAAAUUUGUGAGUGCCAUGCUGCAUAUACACAUGUACCUCACCUUCUUCUUCUACGUGGUGAUACUGGUCAUCAGGUACCUCAUCUUCUUCAAGCGCAGAGACAAAGUAGAAUUCUAUAGAAAACUGCAUGCAGUUGCUGCCAGUACUGCUAUGUGGCUUUUGGUGAUUGUCAUUGUGGUGCCCCUGGUGGUUUCUCAGUAUGGAAAUAAUGAAGAAUACAAUGACCAACACUGCUUCAGAUUCCAUAAAGAACUUGCCCGUGAUUAUGUACAAGUUGUCAACUAUAUGAUAGUCAUUAUUGUCAUAACCAUUGCGAUGAUUCUCUUGGGUUUCCAAGUCUUCAUUACAUUGUCCAUGGUUCGGAAGCUUCGACACUCCUUACUGUCCCACCAGGAGUUCUGGGCUCAGCUGAAAAAUCUGUUCUUUAUAGGCAUAAUCCUUAUUUGUUUUCUUCCCUACCAGUUCUUCAGGAUUUAUUACUUGUACGUAGUGGCACACUCCAAGAACUGUAAAAACAAAGUUGCAUUUUACAAUGAAAUCUUCUUAAGCACAACAGCCAUCAGCUGCUAUGACUUGUUGCUCUUCGUCCUUGGAGGAAGCCAUUGGGUUAAGCAAAAGAUUAUUGACCUAUGGAAUUGCCUUUUAUGCUAUUAGCCAAGACUACUACAGCAAUCAUUUCUUCCUGUUGGGAAUGGGAAUAAGCAAGGGAGGAAAGAAUGGCUUUGCAUUGCUUGAUCAAAACCUUGCCUUGGCCCAGACAAAGAAAAGGAAUAAAAAGUAUCCAAGUGCUUCCUGUAAAAAAUGUCCAUGCAAAGACCAGUUGUAGUGAACCUACGUGGAAUUGCAAUUGCGUUAUUUUCGAACAUAGUGGUUGCUUGCUCCAUCUGGAAAACACAGGUCUGCUGGAUGCUGAAGUUCUAUCAGGGCAUGGUGACUUCCUGGGUUUGAGACACGCUUUUCCCUGCCAGGCUUUGGGUUGCAGUUAGGUGAAGAGUUAUUUUCAGUCCACUUCUCCUUCCAAAGGCUAAUCCUGGUUAUCAAACAGCUCCAAAGAGAUCGAGUCCACUUGUUGUACCAGACAAAUUGCCACAACCAACAUAAGCAGCCUGGCAAAAGAGCCAGGCAAGUGGAGGAGUAAGAAACUUUUCUGUAUCAUCCUAACUUUGGAGGGAGCAGCGGGACUUCUGCUUUAACAAGCUUUCUAGCCUUGCCCUUCUGAAGGUUGUGUUUAAGGACGUGAGUAAUGAACUCUCAUCAAUCACUCUCUGGAAAUUCUCCGUAACCUUAUUAAGACGCCGAAGUAAUGGUGAAAGUCUAACUUAUAGAAUUCUCCUGGACAGUGUCCUGCUCACAGAGAAAUGAAUGGCAAUACAGGAUAAUUAACCUUUUUUCCUUUCCUGUUUUUGAAAGAAUUUUUAUGUCUUGGUCCACAAUUAAUGCAUUUUCCCCAUUUGAAGAUAAGAAGUUAUACUGUAGUAAUUAAGUUGCACUCCAUUCUUAAAAAUCAUAUGUUUUUAAAACAAAACCUGUAUUUUUGAGCAAAAAGAACUUCUGGGGAAAAUAUGGAAUAGUCCUUAAUUUAGAAUACAUGA